UCUCGGCCGCCAUCUUGGCCAGGGCAGGUUCUGGGCAGGAGGGACCCGGCUGUAUUGUCUGCAGGGCGCCUAGGGAGCCCCCCCUCCCCUUCCCCGCGGCCCGGAGCCCGACGCCCCUCGCCCCGGUGACGGAGCCGCCGCUGCCGCCCUCUCAUCCCCGCUGAGGGCCCAGCCCCCGCCCUGCCCCCCGCGCAGCCGCCCCCCCGGCGCAGCCCGCCAUCCAGCCCCCUUUGUCUCCCUCGCACCGCCGGCUCCGCUGCCCGCCCGCCCUGCCGGGAGCCGCUAACAGGAGCAGCAGCGCCGCCGCCGCCACCGCCGGGGGAAAGAGCGCCCGCCGCUGCUGAGGAGGAGGAGUAGGAGGGAGCGCGAGACCCAGCCAGGAGGAUAUGAACUUUCGCCUAUGCCUGUGCUGUGACCUCAUAUAAUAGGCGUAAUACUCGCUGAAGUGGGAGGUUCGUAGAAACUAUGUUCCAGCUUCCUGUCAACAACCUUGGCAGUUUAAGAAAAGCCCGGAAAACUGUGAAAAAAAUACUAAGUGACAUUGGUUUGGAAUACUGUAAAGAGCAUAUAGAAGAUUUUAAGCAGUUUGAACCCAAUGACUUCUAUCUGAAAAACACUACAUGGGAAGAUGUUGGAUUGUGGGAUCCUUCACUUACAAAAAAUCAGGACUAUCGGACAAAACCCUUUUGCUGCAGUGCAUGUCCAUUUUCCUCAAAGUUCUUUUCUGCCUACAAAAGUCACUUCCGGAAUGUUCAUAGUGAAGACUUUGAAAACAGGAUCCUUCUCAAUUGUCCCUACUGUACUUUCAAUGCAGACAAAAAGGCUUUGGAAACACAUAUUAAAAUAUUUCAUGCUCCAAAUGCCAAUACACCAAGUGGAGGCAUCAGCACUUUUAAAGAUAAAAACAAGCAUGAUAGCCUUAAACCUAAGCAGGCUGACAGUGUAGAACAAGCUGUUUAUUACUGUAAGAAGUGCACUUACCGAGAUCCUCUCUACGAAAUAGUUAGAAAGCACAUUUACAGGGAACAUUUUCAGCAUGUUGCUGCACCUUAUAUAGCAAAGGGAAGUGAGAAGUCACUCAAUGGGAUUGUACCCUUAAGUUCCCGAGAAGAGGGCAUGAUUCACUGCAAACGCUGCCUUUUUAUGCCGAAGUCAUAUGAAGCUUUAGUACAGCAUGUUAUCGAAGACCACGAGCGUAUAGGAUACCAAGUGACAGCAAUGAUAGGGCAUACAAAUGUGGUAGUUCCAAGAUCCAAACCUUUAAUGCUAAUUGCUCCAAAACCACAGGAUAAAAAGCCUAUGGGACUUCCUCAGAGGAUGGGUGCCCUGUCCCCUGGAAAUGUCCGGUCUCUUCCAUCACAGCAAAUGAUGAAUCGACUGAAUAUACCAAAGCCUACAUUAAAUUCUGGAGGAGUAAACAUGAUGUCCAACGUUCAUUUGCAACAGAACAACUAUGGUGUGAAAUCGGUACCGCCAAGUUACGUUGGUCACACGGGAGGAAGGCUAGGUUUAACAGGUAGUUCUCCAGUUUCCCUAUCCCAGCAGUCUCAAUCAAUGAAGCAGUAUUCCCCAAGUGGAAACGGGCGACCUUACCCUCUUGGAGGGGAACCAAGAUCGCAGGCUACAGCAAGGUACUCUCUUCAAUCUGCCAACUCCUCUUCACUUUCAUCAGGCUCACUGAAAUCAACAUCAUUAGGUCAGUCUCCGGCAGCAUCCAGAGUAUUAGCCCAGUCCACACCCAAGCCUCUUGCCGUUGGCCCUAUAUGUACCACUUCUGCCAAUACUUCAUCAACUCAGAAAUGGAAAAUUUGUACAAUCUGCAAUGAGCUGUUCCCUGAAAACGUGUACAGUGUUCAUUUUGAGAAAGAGCACAAGGCUGAAAAGGUGCCUGCAGUUGCUAACUACAUCAUGAAAAUACAUAAUUUUACUAGCAAAUGUUUAUACUGUAAUCGCUACUUGCCUACUGACACGCUGCUUAACCACAUGUUAAUCCAUGGUCUAUCUUGUCCCUACUGCCGCUCAACAUUCAAUGAUGUUGAGAAGAUGGCUGCUCACAUGCGAAUGGUUCAUGUCGAUGAAGAAAUGGGGCCCAAAACUGAUUCCACGCUAACGUUUGAUUUGACAUUGCAGCAGGGUAGUCACACCAAUAUACACUUACUUGUAACUACCUACAACUUGAGAGAUGCCCCUGCUGAAUCUGUUGCUUACCAUGCUCAAAAUACUGCUCCAGUUGCACCAAAACCACAGCCAAAAAUUCAGGAGAAGACAGAUGUACCUGUAAAAAGUUCUCCUCAAGCAGCAGUCCCCUACAAAAAGGAUGUGGGGAAAACACUUUGUCCUUUGUGCUUUUCAAUCCUGAAAGGACCCAUUUCUGAUGCACUGGCACAUCACUUAAGGGAGAGACAUCAAGUUAUUCAAACAGUUCAUCCGGUAGAGAAAAAGCUUACAUAUAAAUGUAUUCAUUGCCUUGGAGUGUACACGAGUAACAUGACUGCCUCAACUAUAACCCUGCACCUUGUCCACUGCAGGGGUGUGGGGAAGACUCAGAACGGUCAAGACAAAGGUAAUGUUCCUUCCCGACUAAGCCAGUCUCCAGGUGCAGGACCUGUGAAACGUACUUAUGAACACAUGGAAUUCUCUCUGUUGAAGAAAAGAAAAAUGGAUGAUGAUGAUUCCCCUUCCGUCUUUGAGGAGAAGCCUGAAGAUCCUAUAGUGCUGGCUUUAGAUCCCAAGGGUCAUGAAGAUGAUUCUUACGAAGCUAGAAAAACAUUUCUCACCAAGUAUUUCAAUAUGCAACCAUAUCCCAGUCGGAGGGAGAUUGAAAAGUUAGCUGCCAGUCUUUGGCUUUGGAAAUCUGACAUUGCUUCACACUUCAGCAACAAAAGAAAGAAAUGCGUUAGAGAUUGUGAAAGGUUUAAACUGGGUGUCUUGCUAGGUUUCAACAUGAAAGAAUUGAACAAAGUUAAACACGAAAUGGAUUUUGAUGCCGAGUGGUUGUUUGAGAACCACGACGAAGAGAAUUCCAGAGUCAAUCCUAGCAAAACUGUUGAUAAAAAGAUAAACCUAGAGAAAGAUAAUGAAAGUUCCUCAGACAGUUUUGAGAACAUAGAACAGGAGUUCAAUGAAAGCAAUAGUCCAUUUGCAGAAUCUGUGUCUAACUCUGGUCACAAAACAUCUAUUCAUAGUAUAAAUGAGACACCAGAUGAAAGCAUAUCUAAGGAGACAACUGAGGAAGCCACUUUGGAGUCCCCGGAAAAAAUAGACCAAAAGGAGGAUGGAGACCCAAAAUACAAAGAGAGUAGCUCUGCAGAAGAACCAACAAAGCUGGUAGCUGAAGGUUCAGACAGUGAAGGUGACCAAGAAGAUCAAGAUGAUCCCAUUGAAUGGAAAGUAGAAGCAUCGCCGUCUGAAAGCGUACCUGGUUCUCAGCAAGUGUCUGACUUUGAAGAUAAUACAUCUGAAGUGAAACCAGAAACUUGGACGGAUGAAUCAUCCCAAAGUGAAGAUGCUACUAAUAGUAAACCAGUUGCAGAAACUAAAGGUGCUGCCUCUGAGAGUGACGAAGAACAGUCAAAGUGGAAGAAUAGUUCCUAUGGAAAAGUGGGCGAGUUUUGGUCCAAGGACCAGUCACAGUGGAAAAAUGCAACAGAAAUUGAAGAGAGCUUGUCAAAUCAGCAGAUGGAGUGGCAGAACAGCACAAUUGACAGCGAGGAUGGAGAACAGUUUGACAGUGUGACUGAUGGGGUUACGGAAUCGAUGCACAGCACCCUAACUGGGGUAGAGCUAAGUAGUCAGCAAGCAUAAGCUGUUAAACCUCGAGACUCCGUAUCCUCCACUUGACAACCGUCUAAACAUUUUCAUUUCAGAAUGACUGCUAAAGUUCAUUGUAAACUGGUACUGCCUUUUGAAUGCAAGGUCACCUGCUUAGUGGCUGCGAGGCAGCCGCACCGAUUCCAGUUCUUAUUUCAAAGUAUGCUGUUGGCAAAUCUCACUUGAGAGUAUCUGCUGUGACGAGCACAGUAACUUAAUGUGAAAAUGGAUAUGUUGGUGGCUCCCAGUUGCUCACUGAAGAAAAGCAAAGGUUUUAUUUUAUUGGCAUUUUCAACAUAUUUCACUCUGUAUAUGUUCAGCUGUAUGUCUUUUUAAACAUUACCCUUUUUCACAUGGUAGUUUUAGGGCCAACAUAUGAGCUACCAAUUCAAUGUGUAUAGUAGGACUCUGGGGAAAUUGUUUUUUUCAUGUAUCAUUCUGAAUAGUUGAAAUGUAUAUUUGUACAGUCUUUUAGACCUAUUCAAGUGAUGCUUAUGCUAUUGUUAUUGUGUACCCAUCAUAGAUUUGGUUCUUUUUUCCUUUUUUUUAGUGUUGCCCUGCUGUGUAAUAAAUGCUGUACCUAGUUUACCUAGCAAAAAGCUUGAAACUGCUAUAGUAAGAAUUUUGACAGACUUAGUUUUUGCACAUAACCUUGUACAAUCUCAAAACAGAGGCCAGCAACAUAAAAGUAUAUCUGGACUCUAUUGUAUUAUAGAAUUUUCUUGUUCUUGAAUAUCCUUGACAUUACAACUGAUGACUAUGAAUUUCAGAGCCAUUUUCUGAAAUCUUUUAAGCUAAAAAAAAUCACAUGCAAGAAACAAGUUUGCAGCUACUAAUUUUGACACCUUUUAGAUCUGUAUAAAAGUGUACUGUGUUAAAGCAGCAUACGGAAAUGAGUGCUGCAUUUUUGGAUAUUUAGUUUUAUCUUUAGUUAACACCAACAUGGUGUUGUAUUCAUUUAUACCAUCUAAUAUAUGACACAUUGUUGUAGUAUGGAUAAUUUGUGAUCUUUAUUUCCCCUUUGUAUUCAUUUAAGCAUCUAAAUAAAUUGCUGUAUUGUGCUUAAUGUAAACAUUUGCUUUAUUACAAGGUCUGCAUCCCUCAUUCUAAAAACUGCUUCAUUGUGUUGGCUUUUGUUGAAAGGAAGCAAUCUUGGAUGAUGAUGCCUUGAGAAAAUGAAAGAUUUCUGCUGAAGCAGUCUCAUACAAAUCACAAUAGGUGGCCUAUAUGAAAACGAAUCCCAUGGAGCCUCAAUCAAGUAAUAGACAAAUACAAAUGUAAAAGACUAUAUAGGUUAACUGAUGUGCAAAUAUGCAGCACAGCCAAUUUAAAGUUAAGCAUUUUAAAGUCUCAUUGCUUUCUGUGGGGAAGUUAAAUGUAUGCUUAAAGAUGGGGCAGAUACGCAACAUGAAGAUAAAUUAAGGCAGUAGUGAACAUUGUAACUUUGGGAAGUGUUCACAUAUCACAUAUUUCAAAUACAAUUCAUGCAUUUAUCAGCAAAUGUUAAAAGUAAUAUACCAGGGGCAUCUUAUUCCAUGCUAGGAGUGAAUACUUGAUAUGUAGCUUCCCCUAAUGAUGUUGUCGUUUAGUCGUGUCCGACUCUUCGUGACCCCAUGGACCAUAGCACGCCAGGCACUCCUGUCUUGCACCGCCUCCCGCAGUUUGGUCAGACUCAUAUUGGUAGCUUCGAGAACACUAAUGAUAGGCAUAGAAAAAAUACUCCAACAUCCCAGUUUCAACUUUGUUCAGAAACCAUUCUGUUCAAGUGACACAGCUUACUCAUUUUUUUCAGUUAUUGAAAAAUGUAAAUGUUUCCCCCUUUUUCUAAGACCUAACUUGUGCAAAAAAAGGUUUUUAAACAUCUUAGUUUUGCUUCAUUAUGUUGCAAUGUGCUGGAAUCAGGAAUGCAUCUUGUUCUAGCAGGAAGCGGCAAGAAUACAGCCUGAGCAACUGAUAGUGGUGGACUCAUAAGGCAAAAGCUCCUAAGAAACCUUACAAUCAUUCUGAUGAUAUAUAUUGACUACUUUUGCAGAGGAGGGUAAGUUAGUCUGUAUAUUUGCAAGUUUUUCCCCUACCAGUUCAUGGAUAUAAGCAGGUAUUAGACAGUUCCUGGCAGUCAAUCAGGUAUUUGGAGUCGACCACAAAGCAAUUAAAUCCAACUUGCAUAUUCCAGGCCACAGCCUGCCAUGAACAUAAAAGUAUAUGACUUGCACUGCUGCCCUUGAAGCAAGUACUGUUUGUAUUCACUCCCUCUUAACCUUUUUACAACCCCCCC